AUGGUUCUUGAGGCUCAGCUUCAGCAGGCGGCGCUCCUGAAGAAGGUCGCUGAGUCCAUGAAGGAUUUGUGCAAAGAUGUGAACUUUGACUGCUCUGAGAAGGGCAUCGAGGUGCAGAGCAUGGACAGCUCGCAUGUUGCCCUUGUGUCAGUUCUGCUUCGAGAGUGCGCUUUUGCAGAGUUCAAAUGUGACCGCCCGGUCUCAUUGGGGAUGAACAUUGACUCGCUGACCAAGAUCCUGAAGAUGACCGCGACCAACGACUCUCUGAAGAUUCGCUACCAGCAUGACGCAGACACUGUGAAUUUCCAGUGUGAGGGCUCUGAUGAUCGCAUCGCAGACUUUGAUCUGAAAUUGAUGCAGAUCGAAAGUGAGCACAUGGAGAUUCCGGAGCAGCAUUACAAGGUAGUUGCACGCUUGCCUUCUGCUGAGUUCCAGAAGAUUUGCCGGGACUUGAAGGAGUUUGGCGAGACCAUCCAGAUCAGCGCCAGCAAAGAAGGCCUGAAGUUCAUGGUGCAGGGUGAUCUCGGAAGCGGCAACGUGGUCUUGAAGCCCAGACAAGGUGACAAGCCAGAGGACACAGUGACGCUUACAGUGCAUGAGCCCGUGUCUGCUACCUUUGCCCUGCGCUACUUGGUGAAUUUCGCCAAGGCAGAGAAGCUUUGCGGUGCAGUCGAACUGGGACUUGGUCCAGAUGCGCCGCUCUUAGUCAAGUAUGAUUUGGAGUCCGCAGACAAGGGCCACAUGCAAUUCUACCUCGCACCCAAGAUCGAUGAGUAA